AUGUUCUACCACAAGAAGAGUUCCUUCUUGUCGACAAUUUCAGUUUCGCUCUCUGUUGCAGGCCCCAUCCCGCCUGAGCUGGGAAACCUCUCAGCACUGAAGCUUCUCCACCUUGGCCGAAACGAGCUUAGCGGUCCCCUCCCGCCGGAGCUGGGAAACCUAGCAGCACUACAGCAUCUCAAACUUGCGGGCAACCAGCUGAGCCCCAUCUCGCUUGAGCUAGGAAACCUCUCAGCACUGAAGCUUCUUCACCUUGGCCGAAACAAGCUUAGCGGUCCAAUACCAACGGAGCUCGGGGACCUCACCGACCUGAAGGUGCUUGGGCUGAGCAACAACAAACUUACAGGCCCCAUCUCGCCGGAGCUGGGAAAACUCGCUGCGCAGCAAACCCUCGCCCUUUCGCGAAACCAGCGUACCGAACUAUGGCACGCGCUCGGGCAGGACGAGGCUGUUUCAAUGGAAGCCCGGCCAGGUGACCUUCCGGUGCCACUAGCCUCUCUUUUGGACCGCCUUGAACGGAUUGCCCGUUUGCAUCUUGCCCAAAACCCGUGGGAGUACCCUCCCGAGGCAAUCGUGGCGGGUGGUAUACCGGCGGUGAGAAGGUACUUCGAAGCCAUCUACAUGGGCGGCACUACCGCUGUGACCCGACCUCUCAAGGUCGUCAUCGUUGGAAAGGAGACUGUUGGAAAUACCAGUUUGCGGCGCAGCAUCAAGACCGGGAGGCCGUGCAUGACCAGAGGGGGUGGUGUAGAGAGCACUGUCCAAGUGGAUGUCGAAGACCACGAUGUCGAUGGUCACCCGAUUUGGAUGUUUGAUUGUGCCGGCCAUGUUGUUUACUACGGAUUGCUCCAGCUGUUUCUCACCCCUCGUGCUGUGUAUCUGCUGGUAUGGGCUGCGGCGAAAGCCUGCGAGAUGAAAGGGUUGGACCUUGAAGACCUUGCGAUUGCUCCCUGGCUACGAUACUUGACGUUCCGCGUGCCGGACGCAAGUGUGAUACUUGUGGGAAACAAGUGUGACCGCGUGGUGAGGACCAGGCGUACCGCAGUAGCGGUUGACGUGGAACAUGAGAGCCGCCAAUGGCUGGAGUCCUGGAUAGAGAUUGCGCGCGGACAUCAACCACGCGGAAUUUCGUUGGAAGAUGGCGUCAGUCUCGUGAGCUGUGCGCCGUCUGAUCUUGGCGUCAUAGCACCAUCAUUCGGUGGGGGAUCAGGCUGGCCCUGCGACAAGAGUACGCCGGGGCUUUUCCAUCGCAUCAUAUACAACUCUGCCGAUGACAUGAGGGCUGUUACCAUGCGUCUUCCCGAAAGCUAUCGACUCGCCCUUGAGAUGCUGGAGGAGCUGGCGUCAUGCAGUAGGAGCAAGACCGAACAACAAACCCGCGGCAUCACCAGAGCGAUUUUGCAGGAAAAGUGGCAAGCUGGGGUGGCUGACCUGAACCGAGCCGGAACGCCAGUAGCGGCCCCGGACGCGGCCAUGUCUGGCGCGAUCUUGAUCAGGAAGUGGGCGGGGGGACUGGUGGAAUACGGCAGCUACGUCUUCCUCGACGUCGAAUGGUUUGCCACAGUUCUGGACCCUUUGUUUUGUCACAAGCGAGAUUCAUAUGGAAACAUCGACCUUGGUGGCAUCAGGGUGGUGGACGUUGACAGCUUGGACCGGCUGGACGAAGAACAUGUUUUGGAACCUCAACUCGCUGAAGAGCUGUGGGGCCCAGAGCUCGCACCGCAUCUUCUCCUGGCUUUGAAGAGUGCAGGGCUGACGUUUCCCCUACCGAAUGACUCCAAUGGGGGCUUGGUUAUCCUUUUGCGCAUGGACACGAAGCCGCCACCUGAGUAUGGUAUCAAGCUCAAGGAAGCAGAACAAGUUAACAAUUUCGACCUGAGGCUUUUUGUGGAAUGCUCGUUCAGUCUAGGGUUGCAUCCCGGCUUUGUCGAGCGUCUCCUGGCGCGGUGCUGUCACUUGGGCCUUCCGUACCCCUUCUGGAGAUACGGGGCUCUGAUAGUGGGUGACGGCGCGGAAGAAGGGCUGUUUUCGCUGAGUUUAGAGUACUCUGAGAAAGAUAAGAUUCUGACGGUCGAGGCGUUCGGAGGGUGUACGGAGGUCUUCGCGUGGGUGGCUCUGUCGAAAGUCCUCUCCUUCCCUGGUUUACCCUGCCGGACAAUUUUUUUCUGCCCACUCCACAAGACCAACCGCAUGAAGAUCAGGACUAAAGAUGCACGGCCUGGAUCCUGCUUGGUCGGGGAGAGUGACUUUUGUAAACUAUGUCAGGACCGUUCGGCGGCUCUAGGCCUUGUGGCGGUUGCUCUUCAGGUUGUGGAAAUCUCAGACGAGAAGUUCUUCGAUGCACAGCUCCGUGAGCAGUUCGCCGAGAAGGUGGCUCUCCAGGGUUGUGCGUCAUGGCCUGGAAGCAACUCCGAGAACAGUUCAAGCGGCCAAGCUCGUGCACAGACUAGGUCGAGCAGCCAAGCACCUGCACGGACCAGUUUAAGCAGCCAAGGUUCGCGGACUCCAUGGUAUCAGGACGUGAAGACAUUGGUAGGCGGUGCCAGUGUGGCAUGCCUCACUGUCUUUGGGGUGUUCCAUGCCGAGGAAGAUGACGACCCUCGUCUAUGGGGAGUGUUUCUGGGCAUUGGCAUGUUGCUAAUUGGAGUAGAGUUUGGUUUAAUUGCCAGGGAGUACAAGCUUUUGUGCUUCACGCCGAGGGCGGAGGCGGCGAGAGCUGGAAAUGAACACAAGUGUGUAGACCCGGUUGCUUGUCUGAAACAGGACUACGUGAGUUGUUGGCAAUGA